AUGUUUCGAUUGUUACAACUGCAAGUGCGACUUCCAGCCGCAACGAUGCUGUGUUAUGCGACGAAACUGAGAGUUACGUCCCCCAUCCAUUUAAGGUAUCAAAGUACGAUUUCUCAGAAGCAGGAUUCCAGUUUAAAAUCUAUGAGUGAUGAAGAAGUGGACCAGUGGCUCCGAUCCAUUGAAGAACUGAAAGAGGAAUUCAAACUGAAUGGAAAUUCAUUGGAAAGUUCAUUGGCUCCUCCUGGUAAGGGGAAAGUGGACCUGGUGAAGGAGACAGAAAAAUUACGAGAAGAUUUAAUGGGGUUCAAACCAACGGAGGCCCAAAUAGAAGAAUUCAACUCUCUUCGUGACAAACCUAUCCCAUUGAGAGAGGAUCCCAUUCUCAAGCAUAUUACAAACAUGAUUAUGAGACAUGGUAAAAAAGAGAAAGCUGAAAAGAUCCUCUCAAGAGCAUUGUACCUCGUGUUUAUACAAACCCGUAAAGAUCCAAUAGAUAUCUUGAAAAAAGCCCUAGAUGAUCUGGGCCCUUUGAUGAUCACUAAGACUUUUAAUACUGGGGUAGCCAAAGCUGCUGUGAUACCAGUACCACUGACCCAGAGACAAAGAAACAGAAUCGCUUGGAAAUGGAUCGUGGAAGGUGCAAAUCAAAGAGCUUCCAGUGAUUUUGCAGUAAGAUUGGGGGAAGAGUUAGUAUCUGUUUUCGAAGGUAUAGGCUCCGGGUUCGACAAGAGAGACCAGCUUCAUAAGACUGCAAUUGCUCACAGGGCCUACAUUAAACUCAAAUAA